GCUGCUGCCUCUGCCGGGACACAAACACAGACAAACUGCACGUACUAGCACACACCACAAACACAGGCAGGAGGAGGACAGGCUGCCAGGCAGACAGACGGGCAUACGGAGGGAAGCGUACAUCGCCAUGGGCUGCUGUAACAGAAGGUGCGGGCUGAUAGCUGGAGCUGUGUUUGGGGCGGUGGUAGCCAUCCUGGGAGGUAUCCUUAUUCCACUGGGGAAGAACAUCAUUCAGAGGACAGUGGAGAAGGAAGCCGUCAUUGAGCCUGGAACAACAGCUUAUGACAACUGGGUGUCUACAGGGGCAAAUGUGUACAGGCAGUUCUGGUUCUUUGACGUGAAAAACCCCCAAGAGGUUCUGCAGUACGGUAUAAGUCCAGUGGUGCUGGAAAAAGGUCCUUACACAUAUAGAACCAGAUAUCUUCCCAAAGAGAACAUCACAUUGAACCCCAAUCAAACCGUUGCCUACCUGCUGCCUCUGGGCGCCAUCUUUGAGCCAUCCAUGUCAGUGGGACCAGAGGAAGACAAGGUGACCUCCCUCAACCUGGCUGUGGCUGGAGCUUAUUCUCUGAUUUCACCAAUGCUCCAUACUUUCCUGGAGAAUAAGAUGACUGCAACCAAUUCCUCAUUGUUCCAGCACCGUACUGUCAAGGAAAUGCUGUGGGGUUACACAGACCCCAUGUUGAAAGACACUGUGGGCCUAUUUGUACCUUACAAUGGUACUUAUGAUGGCUACUACAAUGUCUACAAUGGAAAGGGUGACAUCUCAAAGGUGGGAAUAAUUGACAAGUGGAGGGGAGAAAGGAGCUUAGGUUUCUGGAAUGACACGUACUGUGACAUGAUCAACGGCACAGAUGCCUCAUCCUUCCCUCCCUUUUUGGACAAGAAGAAGCCUCUCUUUUUCUUCUCAUCAGACAUCUGCAGGUCUGUGUCCGCCAGUUUUGAGGACAGCAUAAAUUUGAAAGGGAUUGAGGUGUACCGCUACACCCUCCAGCCAAUCACCAUGGCUUCUCCUUCAGUCAACCCAGACAACCGAUGUUUCUGCAGAAACCAAAAGUUCACCAACAACUGCAGCAUAGCUGGAGUGCUGGAUAUCAGCUCCUGUCAAGAUGGAAGACCUGUCUACAUCUCUCUGCCCCACUUCCUUUAUGGUAGUCCAUCCUUGCGAGAGGCUGUACUGGGCCUCAGUCCCAGCGAGGAGCACCAUAGCACCUUCCUGGAUGUGGAACCUACAACUGGGUUUACCUUGAGGUUUGCCAAGAGAAUUCAAGUGAAUAUGAUGUAUGGACCAUCAAACGUUAUCACUUUCCCGGUUGUUUGGCUGAAUGAGACAGCUGUGUUGGAUGAUGAAACAGCAGACAUGUUUAAGAACGAGCUUAUCUCCCCUGUCCAGAUGUUGGAGAUAAUACAGAAGGUGCUGCUGGGGACAGGUGUGGCCAUAUUUGUGCUGUGUCUCAUCUCCUACUGCAUAGUGAGGAGGAGACAUAACCAAAGCAAGCUUGCGUGAAUAUGUUGCAUCAAAUGUCUGUUGUGUGUGUGAGAGCAUAGAACGUUUAAGCUGCUACAGGACAUUAAACCUUUUGAUAGAGACUUGCACUUUUUUUGGAAUUUCAGUGUCAUUUAUAAUGUCAUACUUUCUUUGAUGCUGGGGGGUAAUACUGUGAUUUUGUUCAGCUCAAGAGCUGAAUUCUUUUGCCAAGUAUUUUUUUUAAUGCAAACACUGUUAACAUUAACUCAAUCAGAGAUU